UUAUGUACCAUCCGAACAUUCUCUUUCGACACCAUUAAUCAAGGCAGCCGAUACCGUCCACUGGUACAGAAAUAAGUUUUGGGCGAUCACGGAGGCCUAUAGACAAGAACGCAAACGAUUCCAAGCUCUCAUGGAGUAUCCUGUGGUUGAGCCGAUUGAGUUCUUUGUUCCGGAAGAAUUGCCAGACAAGAAGCAGGAAGAAAGCAGACAAUUAGACGAGUUCAGUCGCAAGCAUCCGGCUCGCAAAACAAAGAACAGAUGCCAAGUGGUCGAGUGUUGCCCCUGGAAGAAAACCUUGGAUGUAUCCUGCGUCGAAGAUUCUGCAGCCGCUAGGGAAUAUGUCGAUUUCCUGAAAAAGCGGAGUAAAAAAGCGGCUAAAUCUCACGAGUCGAAGCUGAAGACGCAAACAGCGAUGAUGUCGGAGGCUUGGGAACGAUUGCUGAGAAAACAGGACAAAUCCUUCGAUGAGGCCCUCGGCAGGCAAGUGUUGGAUCAGUCACGCUAUGAAAAACAAAUGUUGACAAAGCUGUGCGAAGUGCGAGAUAUGAGAAAUAGAAUCGUGGAGAACCGUAGGAUAGUUAACACGAUGUUGCUGUGGGCUAGAGAGAGCCAAUUACGGUAUAAGGAGGAUCGUCAUCAAGAAACAUUAAAAGAAGAGCGGGAAAAUGUGGAAAUGGAAAUUUGCAGAAUGCGUGAACUUCAUAAAAAAAUUUGUGAGGAAAAGGUGAGUGAUAACGAUGUUUCUACUUUGAAGGUUCGUAGAAUAAAGAAGAAACGCCAAGACAUCUGUUCAGAGAUCAUAAACGCUCUUGUGGACAUUGCGGUGAAAAUGUCUGAUUAUCGUCAAGAAAAUGGUAAUAUUCCAGAUUUUAUUUGGAACGAAUGGAGAGUGUUAUUUCUGAAGAAUCAACCGAUAUUCGAACUUGUGGAUGUCGAACUGGACUUUGAUGUCGAAGAAACAGAAAAUGUAGAAGAGAUGGAAAACGAAGAAGGAAAGAAAUUGAAUGAGGACGGUGAAACAAUAGUGAAGAAUGAUGCAAGAAGAAAUGACGGGAAGAUAUUAAAAAAUAAAGAAAAAGCAAAGAUUGAAGAAAGAUUAAAAAUUGAAGAAAAACAGAGGCUAGUUCAAUUGGAAUUGGAACGUCAGCAAUCUCUGGCUGAUGCAGAUUUUGAAAGUUAUCGGGAUUUAACUUCGCCCUGGGACAAAUUCGUGCUGACGAGAAAAAAGGAAGAUGAAGAGGUUUACAGACUAGGUUGCGUUGUUCUUGGUUACAUCAUUCAUCGUUUGCUUGAAAACUUGUAUCCUUAUUUGGUCGAAGUAAUAGAUUGUCCAGUACCUAGAGUCAAGAUUGCAGCCAUUAUCUUGGGAGUGACAAAUGCGACCUUGCACGAACAGCUGCGAGAGUUGCUGAAGAAUGCCGGAAUUCGUUUGUUGACGAUGGAAGAUGCGAUCAAUCAUUGUCUGAAAAGUUACAAACAGGAAAUGGCCGACGUGGAGUACAUCGAUCUGAAUAUCAUCUCGACGACAACGAGAGACGUCAAGAGAUUGGGAGCUAAGAACAAGACGAACGACGUGAGAGAACGUCAUCCGAAAAAGAUCGAACGGUCAACGAAGUUAACAACACUCCAGCAGAACGCAGCCGAAGAGAAACAGACGCAAACACCUAGACAGAUACCCUAUGACGAUAUGGACCCGAUUUUAAGUGACACCGCGUACAUAGGCAAAUGGACUUAUGAAUUUCUUACAUUGGGUCAACCGAUUUCAAAUGAGUUGAAUACGAAGAUACUGAUUGAGUAUCUAAAGGGAAUUGGAAACGUUGAGGGAUGGGCAUUAAUAAAUUAUCCUAAUACGUAUGAGCAAAUGGCGAUGUUGGAGAAAGCAUUGACAGGACGUGAAAUACCUUCCGAUCCCAACAACCUUACUGAUGUCAAUAUCGAGGAUAUUGAUCCUGUAUCACCCAGAAUCGUAUUUGAGAAUGAUGAGGUCGACACAUUCGCAAUAUGCAGGCAAUCUAGGUUACUGCCAAACCCAAUUUCAAGAGUAAAAGAUUACAGCACUUCUUCUACGUUUAUGACAAUCUAUAUUAAAGCGAUGCUGAAACCAAAGGCAAUAUACAAUCAAGAACAGCCUUGCAUACCGCUACCCGACAAUGCUACCUCGAUGGACGAAUAUUAUGCUAAUCAAAAUAUCGCAUAUGGAUUUUUUUAUAAUAUUUUCGAUCUUCCAACUUUGAAACAAUUGGCUGAACUUGUUAUGGAUCCUUUCCACGAAAAGAAAUUCUUGGAACUUUCCGAAAAAGUUCCUAUUGAUUCGAAAGCGGCUAUUAUUAAACGCUUGAUAUCUAAAUCCAAGUGGAAACAAUCUGAAUACGAAGAGAAGAAAGAUAUUGAAUCUGAAAGCCGCGACUUACAACCUCAAACGCAGCUAGCAAAUGGUUACGCUAAACCUGGGGAAAGCAGUUGGCAAUGGCUAGAUCUCUUUCAGCCUCCAGCUUUACUCGAAAUUCUGGCUACACUUUGGGAGAGCGUUGAGCAAGCCUAUAUUGAAAAUUUGAAAGAGAUUCUCUUUUUGAAGAGAAAGCAUAUGUCAGCCGUUAUACCUUACAAGAAUCUUGUUCUCAGGAACUUGACAGAAUUCGUGGCUCGACCUGACAAGCGGCAGAUCUUGCUACAAGAUUUUCAUCGCGCCUUUAAUGAAAUCGAUGAAGACCUCAGGGAAGAUGUGGACAUGAAAUGCGAGCUGCACUGUCGAGUCGAUGACUUUCGAACGGAAAUGUGGGAACUAUGCGAUGCGCGAAGGCACGAAGCCGAAGAAGAGAGAAGACGCACGUUGCGCAAUCAGUGGACUUUGACAGAAGCCGUGGUCCUUGUCAAUGUGUAUAUCGGACUUCUGCAAACGGAAAUCGACAGAUUCGUCGAUACGAUGCAGCUCCUUCAGGACUAUUACACCUCCAUGUUACAGAAACCAUUGCAGGAAUCGCUAUUCUCCAAAAUCGUCCUUGAUAACAUCGAGUUGGACAAUGUUCUUCAGAAAACCUCAUUGGUUGAAGAUGAAGAACAAACGGCGUCGAAGGAUGAAUGGAUCGAAGCUUCAACUCGAGUUUUAAAUGAUAGUCAAUUUAAGAUCGAGAUCGAAACUUUGCUGAUUGACGUAUCGAAAAGCUUCGACCUCGAACAAAGCUUCGUUUAUAAUAUUAUUAAGGAUAAUGUUCGACAAGUACGAGAUGUCGUGGACUCCAUCUCGUCCGUGAUGCUGGAAACGUUGAAGAAGGAGGAGAAAGCUGCGAUUCCAAAAACCGAAGUUAAAAACAAAGGAACCACUUCGCCCGAUUCGACGUUCGCCAAGCUAGCGAGAAGAAGUCGUGAUCUUAUUGAAGAAUGGCGGUACGCCAUUUUGUUUGAAAUUGAACGUAUACGUCAGAGAUUGGAUGUGCUGAAUGCAGCUGCUCGAUCAGACGUGACGUUUCUUUUGGAUAACAUGCGGCAGGUCUUUCAUCGCAUUCAUGAUCGUAUCAUCGAAAGGUACAAGUGUGAAAUCGAGAGCAUCAAUGAAAUGGCGAACGUCUUUUGCUUCGCUAUCGAGGAAAAGAGACCGAUUCAGCAGGAAUUAUUAUUAGACGGCGAUCAAUUUGUCGUAAGACCGAACGUCCUAAUGUUUCCCGAAGAUCACGAACGAUUCGCUGUCUCAAUCAGAGAAGCGCCUUCACCUCUGCGAUUCCGAAUGGCUCAACUCGGCCGGUUGAUAAAUAUCUUCCAACGAAUCGCCCCGCGUGGAACUGUAAGCGAACGCGUCCUAGUUUACGUUCUCCAGGAUCUGGUAUCCUGCGGCGAGGAAGACUGCUAUCCGCCCUUCGUGCCGUGCGCCUGGCGACAAUUGCGACCUCCGGAUAUCGAAACGCUGAUCGAACGACUGUUCGGUCCGACCGAGUACAUCGAAUGGCGAGAUUUCAUUCUGUACGCGAUGGAUCUGCCUAUGCCGUCGCAUGAGGAUAUCUUGAAAGCGCAUGCAAUCUUCAGAAGCCAAGAUCCCGAGUCGAAGGAGGUGGUCACACGCGAGCAAUUCCAUUUGACACCCUUGUGGUUCCUCGAAAUCUCCACCUUUCACAAGAAUUCCUCGGACGAGCAACAGGAUGACAGCAAUUUCGAUAUGAUAAAAGACGUAAUGUUGCGCGAGGAAACAGAAUUAAGCGAGCGUAUUUUGAGUUUGAUAGAUUUCGCAGAAAAUAGCGAGACUGAUUCUAGCGCAAUACUGAGGCUGAUGCUGGCAAAAGAACUUCUCUGUCGAAUGUAUCUGGUAAAUCGAGAUUUGGUCCAUUAUACCGCCAUGCUAUUGGCCUUCUGCAAGGAGGAGAAUCCUAGCGAAGGCUUGGGAAAAGCAUUCACCCUUGCCAUGGGAACCAGAGUUUGUACUGAUGUAAUAGAAGGUGAGAAAUACGUCAAAGAGCUUGUUGAACAGAGGCGCCGUGCUAAGGAGUUGAAAUUGAGCGGGGAUUAUCCUCAAGGGAAAGCCAACGAGGUCGUACUGGAAAUUUUGAAUUAUAUAAUAAAUAAAACGGCAGAGAUUGUCACCGCAUUGAGGAUAUCUCGCGAUUCUGAUUUAUAUCCGAAACAUCGGAUAAUGAUCCAGCAGCUGAAUGGAUCGGGCGAGAUAGAUCCGGCUGAGCUCUUGCCACCGGAAGUGAUAGCGGAACACCUAUUUGUAAAAGAAUCAUUGGCGAAUAACAAUGAAUACGAAUACAAGCAUUUUCCUGUGUCCACUGAAGACGAAAGACGAAGAACUCUCAAAGAAUUCGAGAACCUUCAGCAAGACGACACGGUGAUAUUUUGGUUGCCACGAAAUGUUUGCCUGACGGUUUUGUCCACGUGUCUGCCAUGGCUUGCGUCGCAAGCAGAUCUGUUCCAAACCACUUUUAGUCUACGUGAAGGAAUAGCGCGCGCGUAUGAAGACUUGAGGGAUGAGAUGCUAAAUGAAGAAAAAGACUUUGUUUUAGCUCACCGUCUUGUGAACCACGAUUUUAUCCGUGAAUUAUUACGUUCCUCCUACAAGUUCGCUUCGAAAAACAUGGCAGAAUUACUUCGUAGCAUUUUAAAGGAUAAAGAUAACAGAACGACAUAAAUAACAAAAAUAAAAAUAUACGUUUAGUCUCAGUCAAAAUUUUUCUCAGAAUUUAUUUACGAAUUAAAUAUUUUUCAAAAAUUCUGAGAAAGUCUGAAAAAAAUUUUUACUAGAGAUAAUAACAUACGAAAUAUCAAUGAAAAACAAGUGUGGGAUGACAUUCUUUUACUUAAAAAAAAAUAGAAUCUUUAUUAUAAAUUCAAUAUUCAAUUUAAACAUUUCUUCAAAAUUUCGCUUCGCAAUUUGUAUCGCGUGUAUUACAGAUCGCUUAAAGUAAUUGUGAUUUACGAAUAUUUGAACGAUGAUCCGAAGCUGAAAGGCCAUGUCCACGUGAAAUCGAAUUUACCAUCGAGAAGUGAGCUCUCUCCCGCCUUUCGCGCGCGUGCGAGCAAUCGAGCGACGCCGCGAGAUGUCGCCACGGGGGCCGAUUCAGCGGCCAAUCAGCGCGCCGAGUUUCCGUCGGUGCCGACCGCGCGAACAGUGGCGCUCGGUCGCGGCCGCUGCACCGCGACAGUCUCGCGACGAGAUGUCCUCCGCGGUAGAGAUCAGAUCGGAGCAACUCCGCGCCCCUCCCGCCCUGCGACCGUCGCCGUCGUCGUCGUCGUCGUCGUCCGGCGAGUCUGCGUUUACCCGCGCACCGUCGUCGGCACGGCCGCCGCGGCGUCCGCGAUUCGCCUCGAUCUGGCCUUUUCUGACCGCGCCGAUAAUUCGAUAGGAGCGAAAACGCGGGCCGCGAAGAAAGGGGAGAGGGGGAGGGAAAGGGCAACGCACACACGGAGAACAGCUGCUCCGUAGGAAGCGGCGCGCCCGAAUUAACGCGGCCUCGGCCGUCCUCCCGACAAGGCCGGCGGUGGUGGCAGCUGUGGAGGCUGCACGAACAGACACGACGCCACCCGAUCCGAUGCGACGCGAUCACGUGGCCGCCGUCCGUCUGUCCUCCCUCCGACCGACCGUGUUUACUUUCGUUCCUUUAUUCGUCCGUUCGAUCCCCGUGUGUGCGCGUUCCGCGAGCGCCGAAUUGGCAAACGGUGCGACGCGACGUCGGCGCGUUCGUUCGGGAUGUGUGACGCAGCGGUGGUGUCGUCUUUCGGCUAGAGCUGCACCUGGUGCUGAACCCCGGAUGCUGCGUGUCCACGUUGGUGCGACGACGCGGUCAUCGCUGACAUCGACAGUGAUCUGCUACUGCUGCUGCUGCUGCUGCUGCUGCUACUGCGACAAAGAUAAAAGAAAUAUCGCAUCUGAGGCACGUGGAGACGUUUUGCUUCUUCAUUAAAGUAAGUACAAUUUCUUCACGUUAUUCUCACAAAUAUUUUUUAGCGGAGAGAAAGAAAUUACAUUUGAAUGGUUCCAUAUUUAUUCAACAAUGUUUUAUUUACACAAAUAUACUUGCUAAAAUUAUGUUUAAAAAAGGUAAAGAAAUGCAAGAGAUUAUUUGAAGCAUUUACAAAGAAACAAAAAAUACAUUUAUAAUACCGAGUGAAAAGUUUAAAAAGGAAAUGAAAUAUGUAGUAGCGCGCACGUGUAAAAUUUAAAAAUGAAAAAUUUUGACAAACUUAGUUUUCUCCGAAAGCGCAUUGAGUUUCUUGCGUCGAAUGUUGGUGGACAUUGUCGGUCAGACAUCUCAGAUUUAGACGCUCAUUCUUCAUCUUUUCCAUGCUUUACGCUUAUAUAUUGGACCGGCAAGCGUCCUCAGCGUCUCGGAUCGCGAGAGAACUCGUCGUCCUCAGGAAACGACGAUUGAUACGAUGAAAUCCUCAAUAAGAAUCCAAUCUUCGAAAUGGCACGGCAAAGUUCGUACGGUCGCGACGAGUACUUUCUUAAUACCUGUCCGACGGUUUUCGCCCGGGACGAGAAACUUUUUCUCACAUUUUUCGUUUUCUCCCCUCCCUUCUUUCUUACGCGACCGACGAAAGUCCCUUCGUCUUGGAGAAAAUCCAGGCCGGAUUGUAGUACGGUCGGUCCAUUCGAACGAAUCUGCUCGUUCCAAUUCCCCAUUCUGCUUCCGCGUAAUAGUCCGAUUCGGUUCCGAUAGAAAUCACCCCGUAUGUCAUCGGGCGAAAAAUAGCCACAUCGACAAUGCAACUACUGAUAACGAGCAGUUAAUUUGUCUUCGAGUCUCAGUACGAAUUCGCAAACUGUUUUCUCUUCUUUAUCCAUGUUAUAAAUAAUGUCUGUCACUUUUAUCCAUUGAACUUACGGAAUGAACCUGAAUGUAUCGGCAACGUUAUCUUCAUAUGCCGUUUAAAAAUAAUGCUCGAUAAACAUUUUCUGGAUUAUACGUGAAAAUAAUUUGUAAUAAACAUUUAAAGUCUAUUUUAGAUUUAAUGAAUUCAAACUAUAUAUAUAUAUAGAAGAUAAUUAUUGUGAUUAUUAUGCCAGAAUAAUUACCACACAAUUACUUGGUUCUCGCUGCUAUUCGUACUUGACGAUUCAUUUUACAUUACAUUUUACGUGUGAUUUCAUGAAGCGGCAGGAAUGUUGCAUACGACGUUUCGCACGCAUUCUUGCAUUCAUUGUCAAGGAAUCUCUUUAAUUUAAGUUGUAAUUAGUGCCCGCGACGUGCGAAACAGACGUUUCUUGUUGCGCCGUGUCGUAACAAAUUGAAACGCGCGUCGAAGCGUCGCCCGACAAAAUACGCCAUUGUAUCGCGCGCAACGAGCGGGGUAUUUCUUUUCUCACCGCGUUGCGUUUACAUUUCACGCGGAGCUCUGCCGCAGCUUUGCAGCGCUGAUCCGGAAGCAGAGAUCUGGAGAUUAAAGCGCAAACAAAAUAACGCGCCGCCAGCUCGCUCUCCAGCGAGUUUUAGAAACGUGGCUUCCAGAUAACAUUUUUUUAGUAUCGCGUAAGCUGCUUUAAAAUUCUUUCUCUUUUCGCGACGUAACCAAAGAGAACGGUAUCGAUAAAUCUUUCGUGGCGGAAACGUUUCGCAAGGAACAACGUCAUUGUUAUACUGGACGCAGCGAAGAAUUCCGCAUUAAAUAAAGAUCGAAAAAGCAUACAAAUUAUAUAUGUAUAUAUACUAUAUAUAUAGCAUGUAAUGUGCUUUGAAGAGAUUUCUAUCUUUUCAAGUUAUGGCUUUUAAUUUAAUCACGAAGUAAAAGUUACACGGUCGUUUCUCUCGAGACAAUCGCGACGUGUUCCUCCAAGCGUGAAGAAAUUUGCGUGCACGGUCGGUUCGCAGAGACGCUUUAUCUCUAUUGCGGUCAACAAUGAGUAUUUUUAUAAUAUACUUGUAAGCAGCAUAUUUUUUUUUAAUGCCGUGUCGAAUAACUACGCGCCUCUUAAAUGCGAUUUCGUGUCUGCGUUCGUUGCAAUUUUUGAUACGCACAGUUUGCGAUAAAUUGCACCGCGUAACUAUUUUUUUUUUCUUCAUACGUUUCUACUACAAUUAUUUAGAUAACAAUUGCUAUGUAGUUAUGAAAUUGUUUUACAUUAUCGCAUUGUGAGUCUUAAAAAGGCACAUCUGCGUGUUUUAAGUAUGAAUGGUUGAGUCACAUGUUUUGAUUAGAUAAUUUUUAUCAAAGACAGAUAUCUACUUUUCAUGUGAAAAUUUUAAUUAUAAAUCUUCAAACUUAUUUUUGUUUACAUAAGGAUGAAUUGUAACUGUGAUUGAGUAACAAAUGUUCCUUUUACUUAACUUUCUUUUUUUUUUACUGAGAAGUAAGCAAGGCUCUGAAUUGUUCGCACAUUAACUGUACUACUUUACUGAUGUUACUGCAAUAUUUAUCCAAAAACUUUGCGGUUUGAGUGCGAUUAAUGGAAAACGUACGAAAUUAGCAUUUCUGCUGUAUGUAGAAAAUUGUUUGGAAAUUCCGUUAAUCACGUACUCGGGGUAUUAACUUAUGGGGUGCGUUCAGGAAUCAUGCCCUGCUAAUUCUAGUGAGCACCAUAUCUAGUAGACGUAAAUUAUAGAGUUUUAGUUACUAGGAUAUGUUUCUGAACGCGUCCAUGGAGAAACUUCGUGGUCGUUUCACAGAUUCUCGCACGUCUUUCCGAGAAAAGAGCUUUCCCCUCCUGUCUCUUUUUCCACCUCCUUUCCCUUGGAGUAUCACUGUGAACACGAUGGCGAACGUUACUUUCAAGAAUGCAGCUUCUACGAGUCGCAUCGCACGAAUGCAAGCACGAAACACACACACACACCACUCGCAUACAUACAUACAUGCGCGCACGCUUGCACGACUCCUCAGAUCUCACUCACUCACACUCUUGCACCCCGAUGACCGUGCGCUAUAAUUCAUAAAUAAUUUAUGUCGACAUUGCGCGGCGGUCACGCGAUCUCGAUCGUGUCAUCCGCUUUUUGCCACGAAACAUUUUGCCGCGGCGACCUCUGCGCUCUAUCUACCGUCGUCCCUGUCCCGAAUCUAUCGGGAGUACUAUCUCGGUCAUUGCUGAUUUACACUUGGCGGAUUACGGUUACAUUGUGUAUCAAAAUACGACGACCGAUAUCGGAACCGCAGAGCCCUUUUGAGAGAGUCCGAUGGGAUCGCAGCGUAUAGUCUUGAUCCUUUUGGAAUAUGUAGGAUUAGGACGAUGUACUCGCGUUAACUGGUGAACUAGAAUUACAUUGACGCUGUAAUUUCAGGAUAUAACGGUAUAUGUUUUUGUAUUUUUUAAAGCCAGACAUCGCAUAAUUUUUUAAUUAACUACUCCUUGCUUUCUCUAAUUAACUCUCUGAAUAAAUUUAAUGUAAAUCACAUUAAUAAGUAUUCAUAACUGAUUAUGUACAAUUUUAUAUGUAAUUGUGUAAUAAUUAUUAAUAUAUAAAUUUUUAAUUGACAUUUUAAUAGAAUAUUCAUGGGGAAUGUAUAUCAACCGGAGUAACGUUACGCAAAGCUUUUAAUAACGAAGUGCCGAGCCACUUCAACUCUUCCAAUAUGUAUUUCACAUUAUAUUAUUUCAGUAUUAACCAAUCACGGUGUUAACCGAGAUGACACUUUAUUCUGUUUGGACCACUAGACUGACCGCGGAUUGAACAAUUUCGAUCUUUCGCGGACGCCACCCGAAGUACCACCGCGUCAAUUCGCAUCACGACACUCACGUCGGACGAUUAAAUGACGUAGAUACGUGACGAGUCGUGUUUACCGUUUCGUAUCGACACUCGUUCAAGAGUUUCGAUUGCGGCGGUGUUGCACGCGUCUCGGAAAGAAAAAAAAGAAAAUUAAGGAACACCGACAGCGGCGCAUUUCGCGCUUCGAACGGUGGCCAAAUUGCGGACCGUUGUCGCCGUCGAGCCGCCCGCGCCGUUUGCUCGCGCGAAGCGGAACAACACGUUAUCGUUUCGUUUCCUCGUAAACCGACCGCAGUUUCAUAGAGAUAAGAGUUUCACCGGUUAAUUAAGAUAAAGUCGCUGCGUUUUAGUAGCUCGAUACCAUCGUUACAAGAGGUUUCCGAUUAUGUCGGCGCGGAUGUGCGUCAUCGGCGGAUACAACUCGAAUUGAAUUUGCACGCAAGUUUGAAUGCGCUCCAAUAGUUCCCAGUGCUUGUCGCGAGUUCGCCAGAACAGUUUGGUAUGUAUGAAAGAAUUAUGCAAAAUUUAAAUGGUAACGGUAAAAUUUAAAUGAAAUUCGAGUUUAUUUUUAUUAAUGAGAAACGGCGAACUUUCAUAGCAUUUUGAAAAAUAUUUGACUAUACGGGCAGGCGUUUAAAUUUGUUCACAUAUAGUUCGACACGGUAUAUAUAUUGUGUUUGUGUUGGUUAUAUUUCCUCUACGAAACUGUGUGUACACACUAUGUUUAGCUAUUUGCAAUUGCUUUGCAUUUAUUUGUAAUUUAUUCUCGUUUCUCCCCUUCUCUUUGUCGCGUACACGUUUCAUUUGUUCGGUAAAUAUCAAUCAUUUGCAUACUAAUUGAUCCAAAGUGGUAGUUUAAUGCUAGCUAUUAUUAUCUAUGCGCAUUUAUGCGCUUCUGGCAAGGAUUGUGUACUGGAUAACAGCCUGUAUUAUUAGCAUACGAUUAUAUGUGCAUAAUAAUCUCUAGCUAAAUACUGUGUAACAUUUGAGAAUGUCGGGUGAAUAUUAGCUUUGCUGUUGAUGCGCGUUUACACUGUUUUCUUUUCUUACCAAAUUUGAAAAUAACAGUAUAUUUGCUCUCGCUACUCAAUGUCACAAUUCGAAAAUGAAAUUUUAUCUUUGCAGAAACGUCAAAGUAUUUUCAAAAGA